UGUUAUACAAGACUCGACCAUGGAGCAAGAAAGCCAGUACAGUUCCGGAAGUGACGCAAGUGAUCCCGAAAUGCCUGCAAAUCAAAACGUUUCCGGUUCAGCGAGGUCUAGAGUGAAAAGCGCGCGAUCAAACACGCCUUGGAAAAGAAACCAGCCAGACAAUGUUGAUGAUAAGGAUACAAGGAGGAAUGUCCGAACAACGGAUAAAAAGGGUAGAAAGACUCCGAAGGCCACAGAAAUUGUUGAAACACCCAACACAUUUAAGAGAGAGCCGAUACAGGACGUGAAUGAUCCUGAGGAGAAAGCGCUACAAUACAUAGCCGAACACCUCCGGGAUUACAGCCGACAGCGCCUUCGGGCGGUACACAUGAGUCUCCGUCACUACAGUAACGUAGAACUGAGAGUGUCACAGAAGGACCUCGGUCAGGCAUUUCAGGAGAACCACGUGAAGCUGUCUAACAGAGUGGUACAGAUCCUACUGGGGAGAUUCGAGGACCAGCAGGGCGUUGACUUUGAGAAGAUGUAUAGAUACAUGACGGAGGCACAUACUCGUUCAGGCAGGGACAGUGUGAUGGCGUUACAAAGCAGGAACGACAUGAUCCCCAGACCGGAAAUGACCCCGGAAGAGAAGGACAAUGACAUUUUGGCGCGGUUAGAGGACCUACUCGUGCGCAGUAAUACCUUUUUUGACCUUCCUGAGCUACGGGAGGCCUUCCAAUACAAGGACCGCGAUAAGACUGGCCGGGUCGACAAGACUGAGAUGUUUGACAUCUGUGGGCGUAGGAACGUGCCUGUGUAUGGUGCUCUACUGAAGGCACUGGUCAGACGAUGUGAUGGUGAUAACAACGGCAGGGUCAGCUGGCCUGAGUUCCUAAGCUUCCUGGAGAAGGCACAGGAAACAGCAUGGAAGAAACAUCCGGAAAUGGCCGAGUUACCAGAACAGGCAAAAAAAGCCCGGAUCCAAGCCGACCCCAUUGUCGAGCUGUCAGAGGAGACGAAGUCAAAACUCAUCGGCAAGCUUUUAAGUAAAAAGGCAUCCCUUUCUAAAGUCCGAAAUGCAAAAAAGAAGGAGGAAACUCCAAAUGAAGCAGCGAAAGACAAUGACAAAAAACCGGAAAAAAAUCAGGAACCUUUAUCGGGAGAACCGGUUAAAAAAGAAGAAAAGGUUCAACCUGAUGCCCAAUUAGCAAAUAAUUCCAAGCCGGUGAAGACAGAAGAGGUGUCCCGACCAAAUUCCAAAGAGGGAAACCUUCCGAACAGUAAAAAAGAUGUUCCACAAAGCGAAACCAAGCAGGAAGACGUCGACAAACCGGAAAUAGCUAAACAACCGAAAAAUGACAACACGGACAAAACCGAAGAUAAACCGGCUAUAGAGUCGAGUGAGGCAGCGAAGUCCCUGAAACACACAGAGAACAUGCGCAAGAUGAAGGGACUGGUGAAGACAUCUUCCGGAUUCAUUCAUUCCGUCAGGUCGUUUAUAUCAGGUAAAAAGAAGUUGGAGGUGGAAGCUAAAGCAGAACCUGUUGAAGAGGACAGGAAGUCUGGCGAGAAUACAUCCAAACAGGCUGACAACUCUACAAACGACACGAAACAAGAGGACAAAAGUAGGGUUGUGAAGGAGAAGGAGGAGGAAGAUGGUGGAAUGCUAUGCAUCAAGCUCGGGGAGCAGACGAUUAAACUGCUUAAGCCGGCUAACUAUGAUAAGGACGAGGCAACCCUAGACCCACCUCAGGAAAGACUGGCCCUGGAAUGGGUAUACGGUUACCGUGGUAACGACUGCCGGUCCAAUAUCCACGUUCUCGGAAAUGAUGACGUAGUGUACUUUGUGUCUAAGAUCGCCGUGCUGUACGACCGGACCAGUCACAGACAGCGACACUACCGGGAACACACCGAGGAUAUUAAAUGUAUUGCAGUACAUUCCAACUUGUCAGUGGUCGCCUCGGGACAGUAUGCUGGGAAAGACAAUAUCAGUGCCCACAUCCGGGUAUGGCGGGUAGACAGCCUACAGACGAUGUGUGUGCUCGGGGAAGGCAGGUUCCAGAAAGCAGUCAUGUCCCUGUCGUUCGCUAACGGACAGGACGUGUUAGCAGCAAUAGACAACAGCUUAGAGAAGAAACUAACUAUAUGGGAUGUUGGAUCAGGGACGCUGAUCGGCGAGACAACGAUAAAUGUUGACGUCAUAUGCGACAUACAUUUCAACCCGAAGUACCCGGAUUUAUUGGUGUCUACUGGAAAGGAACACAUCACGUGGUGGAAGGUGUACCAAGGUAUUGGUACAAUCCAGUCAGUGGCACAGCCAGACUACGAGACGUACUUAAGGGCAAAGUUUAUUGUCUGCCUAACCCACAACGACAAGGGAGAUCUCAUAACGGGCGACUCGAAUGGGACUAUCUACGUCUGGGGCGACGGCGGCAACAGAAUUACUAACUUCAUCAAACAUGCGCACGACGGUCCUGUUUUCACGUUGCUUUAUUCCAAGGGACUGUUGCUAUCUGGGGGCCGGGACGGAAUGGUCUAUUGUUGGCUGUGGAACAAAAAUAUGGACCAAUCGGGAUCCCUCCAGAUCCCCCGGUCAGAAGGAGGAGUCAGGAUGCUACAGAUACACAAUGAGUCCCUCCUCAUAGGGACAACAAUGAACUCAAUGCUGUCGUCCUUUUUCGCCGCCAGUAAGACGUCGCCACUGGCCGAUGUGACACUGGACGCAAUACCUAUAACACAGGGGCAUUUUGACGACCUUCGUGGGAUAGCGUGCGUACCACGAUCGGAAGUAGGAGGUGAUUUUGUCACAGCUGGACUGGACGGCAUUAUAUGUUGGUUUGACUCGGGCAGACGAGAUCCUGUCUGCAAACUUGUGCUAAAGGGUCAGCAGUUUCUGUGUAUUGACAGUAAUCCGUCUGGUAAGCUGAUCGCCCUGGGGACCAAGGAUGGACAUGUUUUGCUGAUUAGGAUAGAAGGAGAGAACAGCUCGGAUGCCUUUAAUAAGAAAAUCUGCAAAGAUAGAAUUGACACCAUUAACUUUUCGCCAGAUUACCUACAUCUAGCUGCUGGCAGUCAUGACAACGGUAUUUACGUGUUCUCCGUCCAGAACAAAGAAGAUGGCUCUACGCCUUGGGAAUUUGUUGGGAAAUUUAAUGGACAUAACGGACCUGUAAACAGCUUAGAUUUUUCAUCUGAAAAGCAAGACGGGUCCUACCUUGUAAAAAGUUGUUCUUCAAAACCUGAUAUUUCUUAUUGGCGGCUCGACGACCAAACAGCAGUAAGUGGCCCUGACGUCGCGGCCGUUGCCUGGUCAUCCCAUCAUUGUAAACUGGACAGCCACGUGUUUGGUUUAUGGUGGUCAAAGCAGGCCCAGGAGAGUGAUGUCAAUUGCAUAGACGUCAAUGAUGCAGGGAAUUUGGUUGCCAUGGGCGACAGUAAUGGUUACCUCAGUCUCUUCCGGUACCCCUGUACCAAGAGAGGGGCGUUCUGUCACACAUACAAAAGCCAUACGUCGAUACAGAAGGUCCUGUUUGUGUACGGGAAGAUAUAUGUAAUCACGAUCGGUGGGAAUGACUCGUGCAUUCUACAAUGGAGGAUUGUGUGAUAUCAAACAACAAGUUAUAUGCGUCUCAUAUUGAAGAACACCUCUGCAUAUUCUCUUAUUUAAUGUGAUGAUAACGGCAUUCAGUCAUUCGGAGUACAUUUGUGCAGUUUUCAGUGCUACCGACAACCUAUGCAUCAUUCGGAAUACAGUGUUGAAGUUCACAUCCAUAAAGUCCAUUGAUCAUUCAUUCGGAGUACACCUCUGUGUAGUUUAAAGUGGAAAAGACAAUUGAUUGAUUCACUUCUUUUGGAACUCAUCUGAUGCAGUGUUUAUCAUAUAAAGAUAAAUAUAUACUAAGCGUGCGGUGCAAAUAGUCAAACAUGUCUCGCUUUGAAUUUUUAAGGGAUUGAACAAUUUACUGUAACCAUUGUACAUUUGCACGGAUACAUAAGCAUAAUGAAUAUCAUUUUUUAGGUUUCAAAUAAAUUAGUUCAUCAGUAAUAUUUGCUAAAUACAUAUCUUAAAGAUGUAUAUCCAUUUAAAUACAUUUGAAAUGAUAAGUAUUAUUGGGGUUGAGGGGACCUGAUUCAACCAUCCCCUCGCCCGGAGGUAAAUAUAAUGUGUUUACAGUAUAAUGGCCUCGAUUCAUCAAACCUUCUUCACUCACAAUUACCUACAAUAGUGACUUUAUUUCAUACUUAUAUGAACACAUUCUUUCUGUUAAGUACUUGCUUAUCAUCUAUAACUGUUACAACUUUAAAUUUAGUGUUCUUCAUGCAGAAAGUUCCUUUGAAACAACAAAUUGUGUCUUACUUACAGAAGUAUUUAAGGAUGGUAAGAUACGUCUACACCAUUUUACCGUCAAGUGGUAGAAUAAUUUAACCCACGGUUUUUUGUUAUAUCCUUCGGUGUGAUGCAAAAGUACUUGUAUUAUAACGUUAUUGACUGUUUUGACGCAUACAAAUAAAUCACUGUUAUUUUUAUUUCUAACUUUUGUUUUUAUUCACAAUAAUGUCUCAUACUAAAACAAGUGUAUCCUUCCCAUCCAUCAAUGCCACAGUUAUGUUAACGCAGGCUAUUGUAGACGAACAUGUACCCAGAUGGAGUGCCUCCGGAAAGCAGAUCAAUGCUAGUGGAAUUACUGCUUAAGAUAAUGCUAACGUCACGGCGAUAUUGUCCAAUUACAUACCGUAGACAUAGGCUGUCCAUAUUUAUUGAGAAAGAUAUCGGAAAACUGAUUUAUAGGGUGUUAAUUGAUAUAUAUAAGUCUCGAUGUGUGGACCUCCAAGCCACAACUUUCACCCAGACUCGUAUCAAUGUUGCCCGAUAUACAAAUUGGCGCUUUUAGUGAGAACAAUCCUCAAACACUCUGGUCGGUUACAAAUAAAUUGGAAAUUUUCGUGAGUGAAUGAUUACAGUUGGUUUGCGGCAAAUCACAGAUGACAUUGUUUUGAAGGACAAAGGGUUGACAUUCUAUAGGUGUCUGUUGCAUCCAUAUAUAUUGUGCAACAUUUGAAAUUCAGUAUCACGUCAUAUGA